UCUAUAUAUACCUCCACCAUUUUAUCCCACAUUGACAAACAACGAAACGACGCAGUUUGUCCAAAAUCCGACCAAAAACAUGAGAGCUUCGAUCACAGCUAUAAUACUCCUCUUCGCCGCCGCCGUCCACGUGUACGCCUCCAAUAGGCCCGUUGAGUUCUCACGCAAGCGCAACCACCUGCACCGAAUGCAGGGGAUUCUGGAGAGGCGCAGUCUUCAACAAGAGGCGCCUCGUUCACCUUCGGGUCCGGCUGUUUAUCACGUGACGGCUUACGGGGCGGACCCCACGGGCCAGAAUGACAGCACGGAUGCGGUUCUGAAGGCGAUCAGCGAUGCCCUCAACUGCCCCGGGAGAGGGGUGUUGUUCGAGGGCAUCGUUAAUCUUGGCGGAGCUCGGGUUGAUCUUGACGGUGGAAAUUACUUGAUCAGUCGCCCGUUAUUGUUUCCCGUCUCCGGUAGAGGGAACUUAGCCAUCCACGGGGGCUCACUCACGGCAUCAAACAACUUCCCAAACGACGGCUAUUUGCUCGACCUAUCAUCAUCCUCAAAUUCUACAUACAACUAUGAAUUCAUAACCCUACGCGACCUCCUCCUCGACUCGAACUACCGAGGAGGCGGAAUCCGGAUAACAAACUCUCUCCGCACCACCAUCGACAAUUGCUAUGUCACGCGCUUCAACACCACCGGGAUCCUCGCCCAGGGCGGCCACGAGACCUACAUCCGCACCUCCUACCUCGGCCAGCACGUCACCGCCGGCGGAGACUCCGGCGAGCGGUCCUUCUCAGGCACGGCGAUCGCCCUCGCCGGAAACGACAACACUGUCUCCGACGUCGUGAUCUUCUCCGCGCAGACCGGGAUCCUCGUCACCGGCCAGGCGAAUCUCAUCUCCGGCGUCCACUGCUACAACAAAGCCGCCGGAUUCGGCGGCGUCGGGAUCCACCUCCGCCUCCCCGGCCUCACGCAGACGCGGAUCGUCGAUUCGUACAUGGAUUACACCGGAAUCGUCGCCGAGGAUCCGGUGCAGCUCACCGUCGCCAACACGUUCUUCCUCGGCGAUGCUUUUAUUCUUUUUAAAUCGGUUAAAGGAGUGAUGAGCGGCGUAAAUGUCGUGGAUAAUAUGUUCGCCGGCGGCGAUAGGGGGAUCGAGAUCGUGCAAUUGGAGGGGAAUUUCGGUGAGGUGGAUCAGGUGGAGGUGGAUCGGAACGCGGUGAGGGGGAUGGCGGUGAAGACGACGGUGGCGAGGGCGAGCGUGGAGGGCGAGGGGCCGUCGUGGACGGCGGAUUUGGGGGCGGCGCUGAUUUUCCCCAAUUUGAUUAAGCAGGUGCAGUACACGUUCAUCAGCGAUGCGGCGUCGUUUCCGAGGCAUUUUGUGAGGAAUGUUUCGGAUAAUAAAGUUGUGAUUCAGUCCGACGUGGCGGUGCAGGCGAGGGUCUAUGUUACGGCAGAUCAAGGCGGGACUUAUUUGUAAAUUCAUUAUUUUAAUUUUAUUCGUUUUAAGCCCUUUCCUAAUUGGUAGGAGAAAAUUGGGGCUUGCAUCUCUCUACAUUCCUUAUAGGAAAAUCAGCAAAAAUUGUGAAAUUUGAUCGAAUUUGGUUCAUUUUCAAUUUUAAAAACUAUCUAGAAAAA